ACUAUGAACAUAUUUUACCUACCGUUCGUCAUACAAUACUGAAUAAUGACAACGGUGGUCCAGUGGUGGUCAACGAUUUUAUGAAAGAGCGAAAUCUUGCUAGGGCAUACGAGCUCGUGUCGGAGUCAGUUGAGAAGGAACAUAUAGGAGAAGACGAGAUUCCUUCAUAUAAAUACUUCGAAGAACACAUAAGGAAAGAUAGCACGAUUCCAUUUGCAUUAUUGGAAGCUGAUUCUGAAACUCUGUUAGGAUUCUGGACUAUAACCCCGAGUUUGUAUUGCCGAGGGGUAAAUCCUAUUAAUUGCGAAGGAAAUGCUAUAUUCAAUGACAAAAUCAAACAUCUUGGUGUCUUCCCUACACUAUCUCGGCUGUUUUAUACAUAUGCAACUGCGCUUGGCUAUGAGGGCGCAUUGGUGGGAAUUCCACAAGGUCGUCACUCUCUCUUGGAAACACUUCAGAAAGAAGGGAUGGACGAGAUCGGUACACUUCCUAAAAUGACCAGACUAAAGUACAAGGGAUGGGUGGAUGGAGUUCUGCUGUAUAAUAGAUUUAAUGACUCCGGUUUGGGUAGAGACACGUUUCGGCAGCCUAAGACUGUGGUUCAAACCCCAACAGAAGUUGACAUGAAGAUAAAUCAACACCAUAAGAAAGUACAAGAUCUUCCAAGGGCAUGCAUUAUGAGAGACGGGACUGAGGUUUUAAUCGAUUAUGCAAGAGAUGAUCAAAUUGUUGACAUAUACCAAAUCUUCAAAGAUGAGAUCGAUGAAGGGAACGGUUACGCAGUUGAUGAGUACCCAACAUUGGACCAUUUCCUCAGCAAAGUUGGCAAUGUUGGACAUGUGUUUGCGUUAACCUUGAACACCGGGGAAUUAGUUGGUUCACAAUGUGUUAUCCCGGGUCGCUUUGGAAGGACUACAAAGCCGUGUCUAGCGGGUUUUCCCAUCGUGUUGGACAAACGCUUUCGAGGGAAAGGCAAUUUCAUUCAGUUCAUGAUGAUGCAUGGCUUAUUCUGCUACGAACUAGGAUUUGCUGGGUCAAUAGGGGACACAUUUGUUGGUAACACGUCAGUUCUUAUGAAGGCAGGUGGGUUGGACGGUACCACAAGCAAUACCAUCACGGCAACCAUUCCAUACACAGCUUUCGUUAAUGGGAAAGGAUGGCAGGACAGUAGUCUGAUGUAUGCAGAUAUUGAAGGAUUAAUAUGACUUAUCCAAUGUUAUUGUCACUUGUACUACGUUGUUAUUUUGUUUGACAUAAAUACUUACAAACAUACUAGUAUAUAAAAAAAGAUAAAAGAUAGUUAUAGAAUGUACAAACUGUAUUUUGUUGGGAGUCCUAUACAAAAACUCGAAAACACUAGUUUUUUGUAAAUCUGAUGUAAAUAUGAUGGUACCUGUUUGAAAACGCAAGUACCACUCUUUAAAUGGACGCAUCUAGAAUAAAAGCAUUUAUCGGUCAACGAAGCUAUUUCUGAUACGAUUUGAAUAUAUUUAUGGCAUCAACUUCAGAAAGGUGUUUAUUUGUCGCAUAUUUGAAAACCUCAAAUGCACUGAGUGCCAUUCGAAACUAAUCACACAUUUGAAAGGACAUUGACAGAAUAUGCAAUUUCUUAUAACUUUUGGCGGGCUUGAUUGGAUGGUUUCGAAUGUAUUCUAUAGCUAAUAAAUUUGUAAUGUAGACAAAACCUCUUAAAUCAAAAAGACGUCUUUCACUUUCUUAGGUUUAUUGAUAAUGAAAAUGGGAUACUACGUUCGAGUCUUAUUGAAUCUUAGCUUGGAAGGUACACAUCGCCAUGGCAACUGAAAUAAUCUAUUAGCUUCUAGAUACUUAAACGCCAGAAAAUUAACCAUAGCUAAUACG